UCGCGCUUGCGCACUGGCCCUGCCGCCGGCCCGCGGCGCGUGGCGGCUGCUCUGAGUUGUGGGAGUCACAGUCGACCGGGGUCCCGGUAUCGUGCAGCGCUCUCGGGUCAUGUCCUGGCUCUUCGGCAUCAACAAGGGCCCCAAGGGCGAAGGCGCGGGACCACCGCUGUCCUUGCCGCCUGUACAGCCUGGGGCCGAGGGCGGCGGCGAACGCGGUGCGGGAGACCGGCAGGCGCCCAAGGACAAAUGGAGCAACUUCGACCCGACAGGGCUGGAGCGCGCGGCCAAGGCGGCGCGCGAGCUGGAGCACUCGCGCCACGCCAAGGAGGCACUGAGUCUCGCACAGAUGCAGGAGCAGACGCUACAGUUGGAGCAACAGUCUAAGCUCAAGGAGUAUGAGGCUGCUGUGGAGCAGCUGAAGAGUGAGCAGAUCCGUGUGCAGGCUGAGGAAAGGAGGAAGACCCUGAGUGAAGAGACCCGGCAGCACCAGGCCAGGGCCCAGUACCAGGAUAAACUGGCCCGGCAACGCUACGAGGACCAGCUGAAGCAGCAGCAACUUCUCAAUGAGGAUAACUUACGGAAGCAAGAGGAGUCUGUGCAGAAGCAGGAAGCCAUGCGGCGAGCCACUGUGGAGCGGGAGAUGGAGCUGCGGCACAAAAACGAGAUGCUGCGCGUGGAGGCAGAGGCCCGGGCGCGGGCCAGAGCCGAGCGGGAGAAUGCGGACAUCACCCGGGAGCAGAUCCGUUUGAAGGCUGCUGAGCACCGCCAGACCAUUCUGGAGUCCAUCAGGACGGCUGGCACCUUGUUUGGUGAAGGAUUCCGUGCCUUUGUGACAGACUGGGACAAAGUGACAGCCACGGUGGCUGGGCUGACACUGCUGGCUGUCGGGGUCUAUUCAGCGAAGAAUGCAACUGCCGUUGCUGGCCGCUAUGUGGAGGCGCGGCUGGGGAAGCCGUCCCUGGUGAGGGAAACCUCCCGCAUAUCGGUGCUGGAUGCUCUGAGGCACCCUGUGCAGGUUAGCAGGCGGCUCCUCAGCAAGCCCCAGGAUGCACUGGAGGGUGUCAUUCUCAGUCCCAGCCUAGAGGCCCGGGUGCGGGACAUUGCCAUAGCAACAAGGAACACCAAGAGGAACAAAAGCCUGUACAGGAACAUCCUGAUGUACGGGCCGCCAGGCACUGGCAAGACACUGUUUGCCAAGAAACUCGCGCUGCACUCAGGCAUGGACUACGCCAUCAUGACAGGCGGGGACGUGGCCCCCAUGGGGCGGGAGGGUGUCACCGCCAUGCACAAGGUCUUCGACUGGGCCAACACCAGCCGGCGAGGCCUCCUGCUCUUUGUGGAUGAAGCAGACGCCUUUCUUAGGAAGAGAGCCACAGAGAAGAUCAGUGAAGACCUCAGGGCUGCCCUCAACGCCUUCCUGCACAGGACUGGCCAGCAUAGCAGCAAGUUCAUGCUGGUCCUGGCCAGCAACCAGCCUGAGGACUUCGACUGGGCUGUCAGUGACCGCAUUGAUGAGAUGGUCUGCUUCCACCUGCCGCGGCUCGAGGAGCGGGAGCGCCUGGUGAGGAUGUAUUUUGACAAGUUUGUUCUUAAGCCAGCCACAGAAGGAAAGCAGCGUCUGAAACUGGCCCAGUUUGACUACAGCAGGAAGUGCUCAGAGGUUGCCCAGCUGACGGAGGGUAUGUCGGGCCGUGAGAUCGCCCAGCUGGCCGUAGCCUGGCAGGAGCAGCUCACCACACCGGACGGCUGUCCACAGACCCAGCCCUGGGGCGCCAAAGCUCAGCUCGGUGUGUGUGAAGCCAUGGCGUAUGCCUCUGAGGAUGGGGUGCUCACCGAGGCCAUGAUGGACGCCCGGGUCCAGGAUGCCAUCCAGCAGCACCAGCAGAAGAUGCAGUGGCUGACUCUGGAGGGCCCCAGGCCCCAGGUUGGCGAGUCCCCGCACCUGAGUCCACAGCAGGCCAGCUAGGCUGGAACGCCUGGCCCACCCUCUGGGAAGUGCAGCCACGCGGCCUGCAGUGCCUUCCCACCAGCUCCCCUUCAGCCUUGACCCCAAGUCUGCCCUUCUGCCAGGGGUGCUGGCUGGGGGAGGGUCGGGCCUCCAAGGCGAGCUGGGUACCCAAGGCUGGUGGCUACAGCCUGGCCAGCAGGACCGGGGCCUGUGGGGACCAGAGGGGCAGUGAGGUCACUGGCUCAGCCUUGGCCUGGAUGCUGCCCUGCACAUGUUUGUGCCAAGAAUUAGCCCAGCCCUGACCUAGUGGGGUGGAUCCAGAGCCAGAUAGCCACCGGUCCAUGACGUCUGGUGCUCCAAGCUGCUGCCCCCUCCAGCAGGCGGGGGGCCCUUCUUUCCAAAAUCUAAUAAAACUGACUGACCCUU